AUGGAGAUAUAUAAGAUCACUGAACCCAAUGAAUGGUCAUAUUUCGCAAAGGGCCAAGCCAAUAUCUUAUUCAAAUACAAUGGAUCAAAUGAAUAUUUAAAACAUAAAUUACUCCGAGUACGAUUAUUUAAAGAAGAUGCUCAAUAUAUCACCACUUGUGAAUUAUAUGAUUUUAUUGAAUUACAAUGCAAGAAUCUAUUUCCUCAACAAAUCAUUGAUGUUCAAUUGGUAGUAUUGACUACUGAUUUCGUUAAUGCCUUGGAUAGUAAAGGUGAUAAACUUAUGAUUAAAGAACGAUAUGGACUUUUAAUACCUAAUAUUUUACAUGGGAAUUAUAAUAAAUCAGUCCUUUCCAAAUAUUGUAAUUUAUAUCAUAGUCAUACCUCGGAAACUAAUGAUAAAAUAGAUUCAGUUAUAUUCGAAUUAAAACCUAAAUGGUUAUAUGAUAAUAAAAAAUCAAAUUAUUGUCGAACGUGUCUGUUGAAUCAACUACGAGGUUUACCAAGACAUUUUUGUCCCUUGGAUUUCUUAUAUGAAGAAACAGUUGAUCAAGGUUUAAAUGAUCUUUUCCAACCUAUCCCAACUCAAAUCCUUUCUAAAAUUGAAAUUGAUAAUAAAAUCCCCUUGAAGAAAUUAUUUCGAAUCUUUUUAAGUAAUCCUCAGAAUGUAUUUUUAAAAUUAAAACAAUAUCAAAAAAUCGAUAACAAGAAUGAUUUAAUCAAGAAUUUAUCAUCACCUCAAGAUGUUCUGCAGAAUUUAUCCCUCGUAAUGACAUUACGUGAUGUGGGGUUAUUCAUUAAAUUUGAAAAAUACGAUAAACAUAAUAAUUUUCAUAAUUCCCAUGAUAAUAUCUCAAACAUAAUUGAAGUUGAACCAUAUGGGAGGUUCGUUAUAACAUGUAAUAUCUAUGAUUUAGACUUAAAAUCCAAUACCAAAUAUAGUCAUUGGUUAGAUAUCGAACAAAGAUUACAACCGAUUUAUAAUUCUUUAAAUCCAGAUUGGAAAUUUUGCACAAGAUUAAAUGAAGAAGGUGAAUUUAUUCAUCGUCAAUAA